UGUUCUCGUUCCCGAGCCAUUCCCGGCCUCUUCCCGAGCCAUUCCCGGCCUCUUCCCGCAGCCCCCAGCGGGAGCUGCCCCGCCCCGCCAUGCCCCCCAAGAAGCAGCAGCAGCCGGCGGGGGGCAGCAAGAAGGCGGACCAGAAGAAGAAGGAGAAGAUCAUCGAGGACAAAACAUUUGGCCUAAAGAAUAAAAAAGGUGCAAAGCAGCAGAAGUUUAUCAAGGCUGUGACUCACCAGGUGAAGUUUGGUCAGCAAAAUCCCCGUCAGGCUGCUCAAACAGAAAGUGAGAAGAAAUUAAAAAAAGAAGACAAGAAGAAGGAAUUACAAGAAUUAAAUGAGCUCUUCAAGCCUGUGGUUGCUGCACAGAAAAUUAGCAAAGGUGCUGACCCCAAAUCUGUAGUUUGUGCUUUCUUCAAGCAAGGGCAGUGCACUAAAGGAGACAAGUGCAAGUUUUCUCAUGAUUUGUCUUUGGAAAGGAAGUGUGAAAAACGGAGUGUCUACAUUGAUGCAAGAGAUGAAGACCUUGAAAAAGAUACAAUGGACAACUGGGAUGAGAAGAAGCUGGAGGAAGUGGUGAACAAGAAGCAUGGUGAGGCAGAAAAGAAAAAACCCAAAACCCAAAUAGUCUGCAAAUAUUUCCUUGAUGCUAUUGAAAACAACAAAUACGGGUGGUUUUGGGUCUGUCCAGGAGGAGGAGACAACUGUAUGUACCGUCAUGCUCUGCCUCCAGGCUUUGUGUUAAAAAAAGACAAAAAGAAGGAGGAAAAGCAAGAUGAAAUUUCCUUAGAAGACUUAAUAGAAAAAGAGCGUGCUGCCUUAGGACCAAAUGUUACCAAAAUUACUCUAGAGUGUUUUAUUGCGUGGAAGAGAAGAAAAAGACAAGAAAAAAUUGAUAAGGCUGAGCAAGAUAUGGAGAGGAGGAAAGCAGAUUUUAAAGCUGGCAAAGCAUUGGUGAUUAGUGGACGUGAAGUAUUCGAGUUCCGGCCAGAGCUGGUUGAUGCAGACGAUGAAGAAGCAGAUGACACCCAUUAUGUUCAAGGAGCAGGAGAUGAUGAUGAGAUGGAAGACCCUGUGUGCAUAAAUGAUGUGGAUUUGAACCUGUAUGUCCCCAAGGCAGUGGAGGAGACUGGUAUUACAGUGGCUAGUCCUGAGCGAUUCAGCACGUACACUUCAGUAGAAAAAGAUGAUAAUAAAUUAAGUGAAGCUUCUGGUGGUGAUAUAAACAGCAGCGAGCAAAAUGAUUUAGAGGAAGAUAAUGAUGGAGAUGGGGAAUUGGAAAAUGGAGUAAUUGAUGCUGUUCCAGUUGAUGAAAAUCUGUUUACUGGAGAGGACUUGGAUGAACUAGAAGAAGAACUAAACACUCUUGAUUUAGAAGAAUGAACUAAAAAGCUCAAGUGAGGAAUUAAAUCUCUGUGACAAAGUGAAAACUGACUACAUUUUUUCUCCUUUUUGAAUAGAAUUCUUAAACAGGAUGUUUUUCGUUAUGCAGCUGAAUAUGAUGGGCACGUGGUAUCCCAGGAAUGUUUUCCUUCAAUCUCAUCUACUCCAGUCUUGACUUAUGUUCACAGUAAAACUUUCAGAGUAGGUCAGAGUUACUCGACAGCUGAAUUUGCAGACAGUGAGAUUAGAACUUUCCACUAAAAGUAAGAAGUGUAACUGCUUUGCCAGUAUGCAAGUGGGCAAUUUGACACCAGGUACAGUAUAAAAAUCCAAGUAUUCAUUCUUCACAGAAAUUGCAUUUUUAUUAGUGAUUGUGUUGAUUUAGAAACUGCCUGAAGUGGUUUUUAGGCAGGACACUCUAAUGGAGCUGAUGCAGAUUAUGCUUCUUUAAGUGGUGAUUAGCUUUACUUGAUCAGCUGGAUUACUGAAGAUUGUCAACUGAUAGAUCAUACAAUACAAUGUGGUGCCCUCUGUUUAAAAUAUUUUAAACUUUCUCACCACCUUUUGCCAAUAAAUCUGUAAAUAAAAACUAUCAACUUUAAAAUACCUGUGUUGAUUUUUCUCUGCUGAGUUAGGAUAUCAUACCAAACUGUUAAGAACUGGUUUUUCUAAUAGAGUGGUAAAUGUUUUUCUCUGCAGUCUUGAUACAGAAGUGAUGAUGUUGGCUUCAGUUAAAUUUGGAUUACCUGUAGUUACAAUUUUUUCCCCUGCACUCAAUGCAGUGUAAAAUUCAGCAGCCGGCUUUUCUCCCUUCCUGUUCUUCCUUCCUGCCCACCUGUGAACUGAUGUGAUACCUGCUGUGCAUCGCUCCCUGCCAUUCCAGCCUCCUUCUUUCCCACUGUCUUUUGUAGACUAGUGAAGACUCCAGGCUCUGCAGAGCAGGGAUGUUGAGGUCCAGACAAUGCCUGGCUUGCCUUUGGAGUGCUGGAAAUAGCAGGAGGUUGUGCAGGGCUGAGUUUCCUGAGGGCAGAGCAGUGCUGUCCCCUGUCAGGCUGCCAUCCAGCCAGUGUGUCCUUUCCCAAAGGAUUGAGGCCCUGCCAUAAAGGUGAUGCUUUCACAGGCUGUGUCUCCUUGCCAUAAUACCAAUAAUAUCUGCAACAAUAUAGCUGUACUAAAGAUACCAUUUGUAUCAAUUUUUCAAAAGCUUUUAAAGUACUACUUAAAGGCCAUUAAGAGUCGAGGUGGUGUUGUUGAGCUUUCCCAACCUGCUUUUGGGUGGGAAUAUUGGCUUUAAUGGUUAUUUCUGGCACUGCUGAAUUGACUCUUGUACCCUGAAUGCUAUUUCUAAAUUAGCUGACUUAGACUGUUUUUUUGCCCUUUUUGGGAUCUUUGUGGAAUUCGUUUUCUCCUGUAGGAACAAGAAGCAGUACUUGGGAGAAAGAGGCCUGCAGAACUUGACUUCUAAAUGUAAGUGUUUAAGGAAAAGCUACAAUAUCAGAUGGAAAUAUUUAUUUAUGCAGAUUUUUUCUCCCCGUGGCCAUAAAUAAACAGUGUUGACGGAUUGUUGUAUUAUACUGGCCAGCAAUAGGAUGCCUGGCCAUCAGGACACUUAAGAAUGCAAUUCAUUUGAAUGUAUGUUGCAUAAUUUUUCAAAGUUGUAUAUUUUAAAUGGGAAUAAAAGUAAUUUAAUCAUUAUCAAGGAUGAGAAUGGCUUUCUAUAUGUUGUGACUUAAAGGUUGUUUUUUUGCAUAUAAUACUCAUUUCUAUAGUACUGAUGUGCUUCACUGAUAUAAAUAGGUCAAGCCUUUGCCAAAAUUCUGUUCGUGUUACUUAUUUGCAUUUUACAGUGGAGGAAUGACAGGGUGACUCAUACCAAUUUCAGCUAAUAAAACACAGAUGAGCAGAGAGAGAGUGUCCUUUUGGGUCUAAAGGGCUUGGUUGUGGUGCACAACUCCUUUGUGCAGGUGUUAGUUAAGCAUUAGGACAGUCACCUUGCUUAGUCCUGAAAUACAUUAAAUAUCCCUGAGUUAGUUGAAGAAAACCUGAUUUUCCUAGGCAGGAGUUGUUGACAGAUGGCUUCAUGUGGGCAGGAAACAAUAGUUCUCUGUCCCUGUUUUGGUUUUUACCCUCUUUCCUCUCAACUUACUCUGGCUAAGCUUGUUCUGGCCCCUUGGCUUGGUUGCUCUGCCUGGAUUUCCACCUGUGGAAGCAGUGACUGCUUUUAGAGGGUUCCUUGUUAGUGCUCAUUCAGACAGACUCCUGAAGGUGAGUUGCAGUGUGUUGUGCUACAUGUUCCUUCUGCUCACAGGUAGGCUUGAAUAUAACCUGCUAAAGGUCCUGAAUCUUCAGAGUUAAAGAGGCCCAAAUUUGCAGCUGACAGGGAGUUUCAGACAAUAAAUGUCAAUUAAAAAUAAAUGCCAAGGCCUUGCUUGGGGUAGAUGAACCAUUAAUGUUUUGGAAAGGAGUGCUGUGAUAGGAGGGAGUUCACCCGGGUAUGACAUCACUAAGUUGUUCCUAUUGAUGCAAACUUCACCAAAUUAGUCUGAUAUCAAGUGAAUGAGUCACUUCUGGAAAAACGAGAUAUAAUCUGAAUCCCAAAAUAAUAGUGUUUUCAUUUCAGUGACUGUCCGGUUAUUAUGGGUCAAAAAUAGAGUAUUUCCUUGUUCCAGGAGCAGGAAGACUCAGUUCAGGACACACACUGGGUUCAGGUCAGGCUGUAAAGCACCAUAAGCUGGGUAAGUUUGUAGCCCUUGCAGCCUGGGCCCUGUUUGUGUCAUCUUGGUGUUCUCCUACCUUAGGUGAGCACUCCAUGAGCAAUGUGAUGGAGCUGUGGUUUGAGCAUCUCCUGAGGGAACAUGCUGGUGUAGCACCCUGCCUUCACAGCACCUUUGGUACUGGGCACAAAAAACAAUUGUGGGGACAAAAAAACCAUUUAAAAAAAUGCUGCAGUAAACCCAUGCCUUUCCUUCCUGGUGUUUGCUGUUGUGGGGGUGGAGUAUUUGUUGACUUUCAACUUCAGUGUAUGUUAAAAUCCCAUUUCAGUCACGCACACAAACUGCUUGCCCUGCUGUAACUGGCUGGUUUUAAAUUCAGUUAAGUUUGGGGGGUUGUUUGAGACCCAUGUGAUUGAAUUUUGUGCUUGUCACUGCUUUGUUAUUCAGAGCUCCCUACUUUUUUUUUAAUAAUAAACACUGUGCACAAAGGGCUGGAAAAAAUUUGGUUAAAAAUUAAAGGUAAAAACUGACCUUAAA